GUAGGAUCGACUAGUCACGACUAGCUUGCGCGAGUACGCGAGUGCGCGCACCGGAACCAUCCUUCUUAAGUAGUGCCAUUGACAAGGUCAGACCCAACCGAACAAAGAAGCUUUUGAAAUCAGCCACAAAUGAACGAAUAUCCUUCCUCAUCUUCCUUCCCUUUUUAGUUGACUUUUCAAACAGAAAACCGUAAUAAUUAUUUAAGAUGACCGUAACAGAAGUCCCUGGCUCGCUUUUUCUACAACCCACGGUGAACAAUCCGCAUUUAUUACGACCACACAUGGACUCUGCUUACUCAGAAUUACAGAAAUCUUUAAGAAAAUGCUUCGAAACAGAAAAUGUCGUGUCUGAGGAAAGUGCCACUCUUCAUGCUGAAAUACCAAAUAUGGAAACGCUGAUGAUUUGGAAAUGUCCGAAUUAUAACUAUGAAUGUGACGGGACAUGCAGUACCGGCCCUCAAUUUCAAGUUAUGAACCCUGGUGGCAUUUCCUCUCUUUGGAUCCGAAACGUAACAAAGGAACUUUCGUCUCGGACAUUUUAUGACAACAACCUCAACAUUGCAAAAACCGAUUUGAAGAUAAACAAUAAACAACAAAAGAUUCUGAAUCUAAUGCAACAGGAACCGGCAGCAGACAAAUCCGUGUCAUACUCGUCUUUGGAAUACUCGGCGUUGCUUUGGUCAUUUUAAUUGGUGUCUAAAUUCACAGGUUUCAUAAGAAAUCUAAGAAACAACAACAGACAUCAGUACACUGGGUUUCCUUUUCAUUUUUCUUAAAGGAGAAAACAUCAUCAUCAUCAUCGUUUAACAUCCACUUUCCAUGCUAGCAUGGGUUAGACGAUUUGACUGAGGUUUGGCGAACCAGAUGGCUGCGCCAGGCUCCAA